AUGCGUUCCACAGCUGGGGGUUGGCUCGGACAACACGCUGCAGCACAAUCGGCAGGAGGACAGCAGCAGCAGCAGCAGCUGCAGCGGGAGCAGCAAGAAAAGGCAGAAGAAGCAUCAAAGGCAUCUGCUGCUGCGCUGCAGAAGCUUAACCGCAUAGAGAUGCAGAUUAUGCAGCACACCCGUGUCUUGCGGCGGCGUGUUGCUGCACAGAAAACAGAACGAUUACUCGGCCUUAUGCUAUUAGGGAAGCCGCAUCAGCUAGACGAAUUGAUGGAUCGUUUGUGCACGGCGCGGCUGCGGCUGGAUGCUGUGGGGAAGGCGAAGUUCGUAGAAAUUCUGGCAAAAGCAUUUCAAGACCCCAACGCAGACCUGCGGGCUCUCGCCAAUACGUCUUUGCACACCACGGAAGAAAUCGAGGACUUUUGCGAAUGGCUGCAGAGCGGAAUUGCUUUUGGCAAGGAGACGAAACGUUUAUCGCCUGCUCAACUGCGGACAAUGCAGCAGCUGUUAACAGAUACUGCUUCUCUUCAUCCUGCAGAAGGACAAUUCCUUGAUCGUUGGACAGAAGGAAUGACAUUCAAACCCAACGCAGAGAUUCAACGCAUUUGGGAUGAAAUACCAAAUCCGCCAAAGCAGCAGCAGCAGGAGCAGCAGCAGGAGCAACAACAACCGCAGCAGGAGCAGCAGCAACAACAACAGGACCAGCAGGGAAAGCAGCAAGGUCCGCAGGGAGAAGGUGGUUGGUGGGUGUAG